AACUAAUAUAGCGCGGGAAACUAAAUGGGUCCCACAAGAUUCAACAACCACCAUAAUGAACUCAUAACCGCUUUCUUCAAUCUUUUUCUUUACCUCUCUCUCUCUCUCUCUUCAACCUCGCAAGUCAAACAACAAUGGCGACUACCUCACUCUCCUGCGCCAUCUUCCUCGCUGCUCUCAUCCUCUGCUUUCCUCACGCUUCCGCCGGAGUUCCACUGGAAGAAUUCGAAAGAGCCAUCACAGUGCUCCGCGUCAGAGGCCGAGCUCUCUUUGCGAACGCGAUCAUCACCUCCGAUCUCCUCUUCGAUUUGCUCUCCGUCGAGUCUCUCACCCUCUUCGUCCCCACCGACUCCAUGCUCUUCGAUCUCGACAUGACUCACUCUUCCUACUUCUACGUUUCCACCCUCCGCCUCCACUCCGUCCCCCUCCGCCUCCCGUUCUCCGAUCUCCGAUCCCUCCCGAACGCCACCUCUCUCCCGACGCUUCUUCCCUCUCACCACCUCCGACUCACCAAACCUUCUUCUUCCUCCUCCAACGAUUCCAUUUUUCUCGACGGUGUUCCCGUUCUCCUCCCUGGUUUGUUCUACGGCGAACAACUCGCCGUACACGGCCUCGCCGGUCUUAUUUCUCUCACGCCUCCGUCGUCUCCCGAACUCUCCGUCGAUUUACCUCCUCCCGUGGUUGAUUCGCCGGCAGAGUCACCGUAUUAUUCAAGAUUCUCGCCGGCACCACAGCCUUACGACUACUUCCUCGGUCUUUCGCCAGCGGAAGCGCCGAGGGUUGGAGAAUUUUCACCAUCGCCGUGGGGAGAAGAGACGAACGUAGGGGACGACGAUUGGUGGAGUAACCAUUUCUGA